GCUGCUGGGAGAACAAACAUCAAGAAAGAAGUAGGUAUAACAGCGCAAAAUCAUGGCGGAAAAUGAAGAAAAAGCCAAAGCACAGAAUAGGUGUCCAGACAAUUCGGCCUUCAAGCAGCAGCGGCUGCCUGCCUGGUCACCCUCUCUCACAGCGGAGACGGUCCUUCCUUUCUUCUACCUUUUGGGAAUCGCAUGUGUGCUGCUGGGGGUCCUUCUUCAAAUCACCAUGCAGAACACACAGGAGAUCAAGGUGGACUACACCAACGCGGAGUCGUGCGAUAUGUGCUUUGAAACACGGAAGUACAAAGUGAACGCUAGCCGGGAAUGCCACUGCUCAAUUACGUUUUCACUCAAGGAAAGACUUGAGGGCGACGUGUUUUUCUACUACGGCUUGGUCAACUUCCAUCAGAACCUCCGCCGGUACAUGGACUCCAGAGAUGAUGCCCAACUGCUUGGUCGAAUCAAGAAACUCAAGAAUCCGAGUGUCUAUUGUGGACCAAACUUCCAAUAUGCCAAUGGGACCCCCAUAGCACCCUGUGGUGCUAUUGCAAACAGUAUGUUCAAUGAUUCCUUCGCUCUGUUUUUUCACCCACUGGUUGACAGACCAUUGAGGGUUCCUCUGUUCCGAAAGGGCAUUGCAUGGUACACGGACAAAAAUAUCAAGUUCCAUAAUCCAUACGUUCCCAACGAAUCUCUCCCUCAAGUCUUUCAAGCGACAGCCAAACCCUUGUACUGGCAGAAGCCAGUAUAUGAGCUGGACCCCAAUGACUCGACCAACAACGGCUUCAUCAAUGAAGAUCUAAUUGUUUGGAUGAGAGAAGCUGCAUUUCCCAAUUUCAAGAAGCUGUAUGGGAUCCUUGACCGUCAGUCAAGCAAAAUGUUUGAACAGGGCCUUCCUGCAGGAAACUAUAGUGUGUCCAUCUCAUACAAUUUCCCUGUGCAAUACUUUAGGGGAAGGAAGCAAGUGGUCCUGUCCACAGUGAGCUGGUUCGGGGGCCAGAACCACUUCUUGCCAAUUGCAUACCUGGUCACUGGAUGUGUGACUGUUCUGGUCGCUGUGGUCCUUACUGUCGUCUAUAUAAAGUUUGGCAAGAAAGGUUUGAAGAUGGAAGAUUGACCAGGCCCAAGAUGUCAACAAGCUGCAAUAAUGUAAAGCAAUUAAUUGAAAAAUAUGUCAAUUCUGGGGAUUUUGUAUGUUUAUUUAAUAUUUAUAGCAAGUAUUUUUACAGACUUGAAAACUCUUAGUUAAGUAGGCCUAUAUGAAAUACACUGGAUUUUUUUCUGAUACUUUGAAUUUUUACUUAUAACUCUAUAAUGUGGUAAAUGAUUAGUUUGUAAAGAACUUAAAUGUAUGUUGCAUUUUCUAUGUAUGCUCAAAUGUAGUCUCUUACCCUGCCCUGCCCCCCUGAUCGAUCAGUCUACGGUACAACUGCUAGUUUCCAGACAAAAAAACAUAGUAACAUAAAAAACAGCAGAAAAUGACUCAAUUGUAGUAAUAUACAACUAUUACAACUAUUUUAAAACAUUAUCCAGAUUUAAAGCCACAAAUAACUGCAUUUCAAUAUGACCGCUAGGGUAUCUGUGCACUUCCUGUCCGUUUACAUGCAAAACAUGACACUCACCACACAAAGUAUGCUGAUCUUGGCAUUUCUAUCUUUGUUAAAGGCACAAUGAUUGAUGUUUGUGAUAAGCCUUUAGUCAAAAAACAAGGUAAAAUGGUCAAAAACAGAAAGAAUUACUCCUGUAAAUAUGGGGUCUGUGAUGUUAUCGGUUUUCACCUGUUCACUGUAGCACAUACACUGCAGCUACACACAAUGCACAGCAUUCCUUAUGUGCAGAGAUGGGCACAAAUACGUCAAAAAGUAUCUUGAUACAAAUUACCAAUACUUGCUCAGUAAAUGUGACAAAACAAAAUACAAACAACAAACAAACAAAAUACAAACAAAAAUAGUGGUGUGAGAAAAUGUAUUUCAUUAAAAUACAAGUAAUUUGAAAAUGCAAAAGGAGGCACACCAAUAAUUUAUAAAAUUAGUUAUCAUAAUCUGUGAAUUUCCAGCUUUGUCUUACAGUAGGGUGUUGAAUAUGCGCAAACGUAAAGAAUACUGUUUUUUAGAUAUAUGCUAAAAAAAAAAAAAACAGAAAAAGCAGAAGCAGUGGCAGUGAGACAUUCAGUGAGCAAUAAAGGGCUAUUUUGCUACAUACUGUCCAUUAAGGCAGUUUGCAUUGAGCACCAAAGCAGCUUCUUUUCUCGUUUCCUUGUCAUGGAAAAACAAAGUUCCCAGCGAGCAAGUUGGGCCCAACUUGAUGUGUCACAUGAUUUACUUACAUUUAGCCAAAGACAGUGAUAGGCCAUAUUAAAAUGUCUGUAAGCCUGUUGAGGAAGGUUCUUAAAAUGACAGAAA